AUGGCGCAGAUGGUUCCGCUUGAUAACUCCCUCAUAGAUCUCGCCUCCCUCAGGUACUGCCUCCCUGAUGUGCUGCCUCACACUGCCCCCACCUCAGGUAAAACUGCGCGAACAGCUGCAUCAGUUAAGGUGCUGUCCGCCCCCUCCGCAGGUACCUCCUCCAACAAGGAGACUCCCCUCUGCACCGAGGUGACUUUUGAGUCGACUCAAAUGUCACUCUGUCUGUGCAGUUCCCCGCACGCACACGCCCUUCCCAUACCACACUCGCAGACUCCUCUCUGCACCCCUCCCAUACCGCUCCCUCUCUGCCCCUCCCAUACCCCUCCCUCUGCACCCCUCUCAUAUUCUUCCCUCUCUGCCCCUCCCAUACCCCUCCCGCCAUGCUUCUGUCUGUGUGACCACCCUUCUCCCUUAUGCGUCCUCCCCAAUCCCCCAACCCCCCACCCCCACCCCACCCUUCCCCACCCUCCCUCACCCUUCCCCACCCUUCCCCACCCUCCCUCACCCUUCCCCACCCUUCCCCACCCUCCCUCACCCUUCCCCACCCUUCCCCACCCUCCCCCUCGUGUGCCUCCUGCGAGCAGAGCACAUGCCAGUCAACGCCUCGUUGACGCCCUUGACUCUGUGCCAGGCGGCAAGGCUCUAGUGCUGGACGCGUCAAUCAGCGGCCCGCUCGCCUUCAUUGCUCCCAUUGCCCUCCUCAAGGUACGAGGUACUACCACUUGGUGCGGGCAGACGAGGACGAGGGCGUCACCGGCAGCUACUCACUCCACUCGCUCCUCCUGUCUCCCCUUCUCUCUAUCUGUCUGUCUCCCAUCCUCUUGUCCUGUCUCCUCCCCUUCCUACCAGGUGCGGGCAGAUGAGGACGAGGGCGUCACCCGCAGCUACUCACUCCAGUCACUCUUUUUGUCUCCCCUUCUUGCUCCUUCUCUCCCAUCCUCCCGUCCUGUCUUCCUCCUCUUCCCAUGUCAUCAACCACAUCAGAUUCUGGAGCAGGAGGGACUAGUGGGCGACCCGCGGGUGGCAGUGGGCGAGUAUCCCCUCGAGAUGAUCCCCGUGGACCAUGACCUCCUCGCACUCGACCUCCAUACCAUCUAUAAGGAGGGGCUGGUGGGCGACCCGCGGGUGGCAGUGGGCGAGUAUCCCCUCGAGAUCAUCCCCGUGGAUCAUGACCUGCUGGCCCUCGACCUCCAUACCCUCUAUAAGGUGAUUCUGGAGCAGGAGGGGCUGGUGGGCGACCCGCGGGUGGCAGUGGGCGAGUAUCCCCUCGAGAUGAUCCCCUUGGACCAUGACCUCCUGGCCCUCGACCUCCAUACCCUCUAUAAGGAUGUACACGUGGACUCAGACCCCACCUCCACGUUGCAAGUGGCCCGAGUGCUGGCAAAUUUCCAGUCAGUGUUUGGAGUGCCACCGGUGCUGAAGGGCAAGGGCGUGGCAGCACAGCGAGUGGCGCAGGCCAUGAGGGCACAGAAGUCAGAUGUUUACUCCUUGCUGUUCCCUGCGUGCGUGUGUCUCACCCGCUCGCCACCCCUUACAGUCCGUUCCGUGUUUGGAGUGCCCCCGGUGUUGAAGGGCAAGGGAGUGGCAGCACAGCGAGUGGCACAGGCCAUGAGUCAACUCAUGAAAGAACAGAAGUCCCACGUGGCACCGGUGGAGCAUCCAAGCGUGGACAUGAUGGUGCUGAUAGACAGACAGGUGGACAUGGUGACGCCAGCAUGCACUCAACUCACAUACGAAGGGCUUCUCGAUGAGCUCCUGCACGUAGCCAACGGAGCAGUGGAGGUGGAUCCGGCAGUGAUGGGGGUGACGUCUAACGCCAGGAAGAUUAAAGUGCCUCUCAACUCCAAUGACAAGCUGUUUCAGGACCUUAGAGGCCGCAACUUUGGAUCAGCAGCAGAGCUGCUGCGAGCCAAGGCAGUGGAGAUGAAGUCAGAGUAUGCCAACCUCAGGCAGCGGCCGCAGAGAGAUGCAUCGCCUCUGCGCUCCGCUGCUGCACCGGGUGACCAGGGAGCUGCCUCCGCUGCUGGCUCUGGUGGUGGAGAGCAGACGGUAUCAGAGCUCAAGGACUUUGUCAAGAAACUCAACGUGCUGCCAGAGCUUACGCGCCACACCAACCUAGCAGGGCACAUAUCACAGGUCACCAACCGGCCGGCCUUUGGCGCUCUCAUCUCCACAGAGCAAACCAUCCUGGAAGCACGGGCGUGUGAGUACAUAGAGGACGCCAUGUCACAGGGGCAUCCCAUGAGCACAGUGUUACGCCUCCUCUCCCUUGUCUCCCUCACCAAUGGCGGCAUUCCCAAGGCACGCUUCGACCACCUCAGUCCCAGGGACAUUGCGUUCACGUUCUCCGGCUAUGCCCCUCUAAGUGUGCGGCUCCUGCAACAGGCCAUCCAACCAGGAGGCUGGCCAUCCAACCAGGAGGCUGGGCCAUCUGAGUCGGUGCCUCGCCUCGUGGCUGCUGUGUUCCUGGGGGGCGUCACCUUCGCUGAGAUCGCUGCUCUGCGGUUUCUCUCCAUGCAGUCCGUGCCUCGUCUGGUGGCUGCUGUGUUCCUGGGGGGCGUCACCUUCGCUGAGAUCGCUGCUCUGCGCUUCCUCUCCAUGCAGGCUGUGUUCCUGGGGGGCGUCACCUUCGCUGAGAUCGCUGCUCUGCGGUUCCUCUCCAUGCAGGUGCAGGCUGGAGGAAUGCUAUAA